AUGGCGGGUCCCAUACCCGAUGUGAACGGCUCUGCGGAAAUCACCGCAGAGCCAAACUCCCAAUCACGGUUGGUGAUGGCUCCUCCUGGACGUGAUGCGGGGGAUGAUACUGAUUCUGGUGCCUUGCUUUCUUCGUCGAAUAUAGGGAAGAAUCCAGAAGUGUUUCCUGAGAAAAAUGUCCCCACCGUUGUGGAUGCCACCGGCUCCCUCCCUGACUCGGAUGAAGACGGUCGCGUGGCUACCGAAGACGAAGUACGCGAUCUUCUCCAUGUCGUCGACCGGAUUCCCGCCCGACUCUGGGUAGCAUGCAUCGCGGGCAUCUUGGAACGCUUUGUAUGGUAUGGGGCAACGGCCCCUCUGCAGAAUUACCUGCAAAAUGCCACGGGCGGCGAGGUACCUGGUGCCCUGGGACUGCACCAGGCAACUGCAUCCAAUAUUGUGAACGUGCUGAUUAUUGGAUCUUAUAUUAUGCCGGUCCCAGCUGCUGUGAUCGCUGAUAGUUUCUUGGGCCGAUACAAGACCAUGCUAUACUCUGCCAUCAUUGAGGCCAUGGGCGCAACAAUUCUGUUUGCAACAUCAUUGCCCGUUACCAUUCACGAGGGAGCCGCUCUUGGAGGGGUGAUCGCUUCCUGUGUGUUACUGGCUGUUGGAUCAGGCGCGUUCAAAACCACUGUAGUCCCGUUCAUCGCCGACCAAUAUGAUGAAACCGAAUUUCGAAUCCAGACCGGGAAGAAAGGAGAGAGGGUUGUGACCAGCCGAGAGCUAACAAUAACAUAUAUUUACAAUGUGUUUUACUGGGCUAUCAACGUGGUGGGCUUCGUGGCCGAUGCUACACCACUAUUGGAAAGAUAUGUUGGCUUCUGGCUCGCCUACUUGAUUCCAUGCUGUGUCAUGUGGCUGGCCCUUAUUCCAGUCCUCCUUGUACGAGCAUCGCCAACCAGCAGUAUCAUGCCACAGGCUGUGGCUGCCAUGCGCUGUGCAAUUUCCGGGGGUUUCAGAAUGGAUGCUGCCAAGGCAGAGGCCCAACUUCGACACGGUCGCGUGGUGCCCUGGACGGACUCAUUUAUUGAGGAUAUCAAACGAAGUCUCCUGACUUGUCGAGUAUUGCUGCUCUUUCCCAUUCACUGGCUCUGCUAUAACCAGACCUUCAACAAUCUGAUCUCUCAAGCUGGGCAGAUGGUAACCUAUGGCAUUCCCAAUGACAUGAUGAAAAUUGCCGGCGCACUGUCCGGAAUCAUUGUGGCACCAAUUAUUCAAAAGGGACUGUACCCUUACCUAACAAAGCGAAAAGUGGAAUUCAGACCAAUUGCACGAAUGACAGUCGGGUUCGCUAUCCUGACGCUUUCCAUGGUUUAUACUGCCGUGAUUCAAAAACUCAUCUACAAGGCAGGGCCAUGCUACGAAGCACCGCUCGCGUGCUCGGAUUCACAUGGCAGCACGGUGCCCAACCAGAUCUCCGUAUUUCUUCAGAUACCUAUCUAUUUUGGAGGCGCGUUGGCGGAAGUGUUCUGUCUUACCACGGGAACCGAGUACGCCUAUAACCAUGCCCCUAAGAGCAUGAAGACCUUGAUGCAAGCGAUGUGGCUUGCGAUGGCAGGGCUCGGGACGUGUCUCGCCCUGGUAUUCACCCCGCUGACCAAGGACCCACAUUUGGUUGUCAUGUAUGCUAUUCUUGCGGGGCUCCUGGGUGGCGCGACUGUCCUGUUGUGGGUGCUCUUCAGGCAUUUAGACAAGGCCAAGCAUGACGCCGAGUGAGGGACUGCCAGCAAACCUUGGAUAGGAUAGGGGACUACCUGCCUGGUGAAUUCGAACGUGAAGUAUCGAUUUACCAGGUGUCUUUCAUGCUUGAAGUGAGGAAGACAGCUGGAAUUGUUGGGGAGUCUAUGUUGACGAUGAGAGUUACCAUGGCGGCUGUGGAGAAGCCUAUCAGCAUUGUUGUAUUGAUAGAGACGAUCGAUGUGUUGUCAUCGUCUGUCUUGAUGGCUAUCCGGUCUGGUCUGUGAUCUGGAGCAGACACAUCAAAUUUAACAUCAAAAGUCGCCACCUGUAUGGCCCGGCUUUGAAAUUUGAAAUUGUUGCACAGGAAGAAAGAAUGGACCAGGGGACUGUAUGUUAACCCUCUACAUUGCGGGUUUCUGAACACAUGUAGACAGGAUCCCAGCCGCAUCCAUAAGGCGGAUAUGGGAACCACCGUCCAUGCUCACGGUGCAAUCUAUGACCGCAUCUUGUUCCUUGAUGGCCUCGGAUACAGACUCCAUCGAGUCGUAGUUGACGACCUUCGUCUCCACUCCUUCUGGGAAUGGAUUCCCUUCCUUUUGAGUCAGCACUGUGACUUUGAAUCUUCCCACAUCAAGCAGCACACGUAGAACUCUGCUCCCGACAUUGCCAGUAGCCUUUAAUCUGGUCAGCAAUCGUCCCAUCAUCAAGAUGGGUUCCAGUAGAACUCACACCUGCAACUGCGACGUUCUUGAUAUGAUGCAUGUUCAAUAUUGUUCAAGUUUG